AUGCGGGGCGGGAUCAGUGUAGUAAAAUGGCCGCUACAGUAUCUACCUGCCCGCCAUUUGUCAACAACAGUUCAGUGUCGUCAGGCUGCUGAACCAGGCAUCGAUAUUGGUUCAAACAAAUUGCCAUUGGGAUCUUGUCCGAUUCAUGGCCACCGUGCACGGUCCACGCAUGCCGCUCUGGACACGGCCGUAUUCGAGAAUGUGGCGCCUUCUGUGAAGUCAUGGGAGGAGGUUCCGGGGCCAAAGCCACUGCCGUUACUGGGGAAUACCUGGCGUUUUAUACCCUAUAUUGGUGGAUAUUCAGUGGAACAUGUAGACAAAGUAUGUUUAUCUCUGCGAGAACAAUAUGGGAAUUGCGUGAAGAUCGGCGGGCUGUUGGGAAGACCUGAUAUGCUGUUUGUUUUCGAUGCUUGGGAGGUUGAGAGAGUCUUCAGAGGAGAGGACACGACACCACACAGGCCUUCAAUGCCAUCGUUAAAUUACUACAAGCAUAAAUUGCGACGGGACUUUUUUGGUGCUGAAGAUAAUUGCGCCGGUGUUAUUGCAGUUCAUGGAGAUGCAUGGUCUGCAUUUAGAACCAAAGUAUCGAGGGUUGCAUUGAGUGCAGGCGCAGCGGCACAGUAUACGGAACCUGUGGCCGAAGUAGCUGAUUCAUUUGUCAAUAGGUUACGUAAAAUUAGAAAUGAGAAUCAGGAGACCCCUGAUGACUUUUUGAAUGAAGUUCAUAAAUGGUCUUUGGAAUCUCUAAGUCUCAUCGCAUUGGAUACACGUCUGGGCUGUUUCGACGCCUGCGAAGGUUCAGAGAGUCAACGUUUGAUUGAUGCUGUGAACUCAUUCUUCCUCUGUGUGGGUGAAUUAGAACUAAGAACGCCUUGGUGGAGGAUUUACCCCACCGCAAUGUUUAAGAGAUACGUUGCCGCUCUUGAUACUAUCCUCAGUGUUACUCUAAACCACGUGGAGAGGGCGCUGAAGCAGCCUCGUAAUACAGAUGGCAGCAAGUCGUUACUACAGGACCUGGUCGACGCAGCCGGUGCGAGGGUAGCUGCCGUGACAGCUCUAGACAUGUUCCUUGUGGGGAUCGAUACGACAUCAAAUGCAGUCGCCUCGACGUUAUACCAACUGUCUUUGAGGCCACAUGUCCAAGAGAAGCUUUAUGAGGAAAUUAGUGGGGUCCUGCAGGGUAGACCUAUGAAAACUGGAGACGUUAAUCAGAUGCCUUAUUUAAGGGCGUGUAUCAAAGAAGUUUUAAGGAUGUAUCCAGUUGUAAUUGGUAAUGGCAGGCAGUUAACAAAGGACACCGUUAUUUGUGGUUAUAAUAUACCAAAGGGUACGCAAGUGAUAUUUCAACAUUAUGUCAUGGGUAAUACGGAAGAGUAUUUCACUAACGCAUCAGAAUUCUGCCCUGAACGGUGGAUACGGAGAACAGAUGGACAGAACCAUCAUCCUUUCGCAUCUCUGCCAUUCGGUUUUGGAAAACGAAUGUGUCUUGGUAGAAGAUUUGCCGAAUUAGAAAUACACACUGUCAUUUGUAAGAUUGUACAAGCCUUCAAAAUGGAAUAUCACCAUGAACCGUUGGAAUACCACAUUCAUCCCAUGUACACGCCAAACGGACCAAUGAGGCUUAAACUUAUUGAACGAUAGGUCAUAGUUUAUAUACAUAUAUCGACAUAUUGUGAUAAAUUGUA